CGUGCAAAAGUAUCCUAUAAAUUUUCUUUCAGAAACGUAAAGAGCGAUGAGUACGAUCAAGCCAGGAUUUGUCGAGAAGUGGGCAUUCCCCUCUACAACGCUAUAACCCACUACGGUAAUGAGGAGUACGAUGAUUGUGCCAAAGCUAUGUUACCGAUUCGUGACAGAAUAUACACCAUUGGAGGAAGCAAUGCUCAGCGCGAUUUGUUUUCUCAGACGCUGAUCAAUGCGUGCAUGAAGUCGAAGGAUAAAGCGAUUAGUGAAAUGACCCUGAAAGUUCUCGAGGAGCGAAACAAUGUGAAAAAGUCAAAAAUCAGUGAUCGCCUUGCACUCAGGUAUAGGAAGCUGCAUCCUAUGUAA